AUGUGGAGUUUUAUUGUAUUAGCAUAUCUAAUACGAGGAUUGGCAGGCUACGAAGAAUUUCUGGGACAAAAACUUGUUGUGAAUCCUGAAGCUUAUAUGACCGUCGGUCAGAUGAUUUCCUACCACGGGUACCCAAAUGAAGAGUAUGAAGUCUUGACAGAGGAUGGUUAUUAUCUAACAAUAAACAGAAUUCCCAGGGGAAGAAAAAACAUUGCAGUCAUAGAUGGAAAGCCUGUUGCCUUUUUGCAACAUGGCUUGUUGGGAGAAGGCAGGCACUGGGUGGAGAACAUGGCCAACAACAGCCUUGGUUUUAUACUUGCGGAUGCAGGCUAUGAUGUUUGGCUGGGAAACAGCAGAGGAACAACCUUAUCUCAGAAGCACCAGUCGCUCUCAGUGGAUCAAGAGGAAUUCUGGAAUUUCAGUUUCCAUGAAAUGGCCAUGUAUGAUCUUCCAGCAACAAUAAAUUUUAUUUUGAAGAAAACCAAACAGAAACAAUUAUACUACAUUGGUCAUUCUCAAGGCAGUACGAUUGGCUUCAUAGCGUUUUCAGCCAUGCCAGAGCUGUCUCAAAAAGUCAAAAUGUUUUUUGCCUUAGCUCCUGUGGUCUAUGUUAAGCAUGUCCCGAAUACUGUAUUGAGAUUUGUGUCCCAAUUUCCUCAACAUUCAUUCAAGAGCCGAAUGGAUGUAUAUGCAGCGCACUAUCCAGAAACAACAUCAGUUAAGAACCUCUUACACUGGCAACAGAUGCUGACUACAGGAUUGUUCCGCUGGUUUGAUUAUGGGGACAAAAAUCAGGGGAUAUAUAAACAGAGCGUUCCUCCUUCAUAUCAAAUAGAAGGCAUGUCGGUGCUGACGGCAGUGUGGUCUGGGGGACAAGACACGCUUGCAGACCCAAAAGAUGUAGAGCUCUUACUCCCUGGUAUUGUUAACCUGGUUUACCAUCGCUCGUGGUCAGACUGGAGUCAUUGGGAUUUCGUCUGGGGACUCAAUGCUCCCCAACGCAUGUUCUUCGAAAUACUUCAAGUGAUGGAGAGGUCUGGAUAA